AUGGCGACGAUGACGAUGCAGCUGGGUGGGCUGAUGCUGGCUGUGCUGGGCUGGCUGGGCUCCAUCCUCACCUGUGCGCUGCCCAUGUGGAAGGUGACAGCCUUCAUUGGCUCCAACAUCGUGGUGGCCCAGGUCUUCUGGGAAGGGCUGUGGAUGAAUUGCGUGUACGAGAGCACGGGGCAGAUGCAGUGUAAGGUCUAUGACUCUCUGCUGGAGCUCACCUCCGACCUGCAAGCGGCUCGUGCCUUGGUGGUCACCUCCAUCUUUGUGGCCUUCUUUGCCUUCCUCACCGCCAUCUCGGGUGCCGACUGCACCCGCUGCGUGGACGACAAGAGCACCAAGACCAGGAUCUCCAUUGUGGCAGGUGCCAUCUUCGUCCUGGCCAGCAUCAUGCUGCUCAUCCCUGUCUCCUGGUCUGCUAACAGCAUUGUCAGCAACUUCUACAACCCCAUGGUGCCCGAGGCCCUCAAGAGAGAGCUGGGGGCUGCCCUCUACAUCGGCUGGGCCUCCAGUGCCCUCCAGCUUUUUGGUGGGGGCAUCCUGUGCUGCUCGGGACCCCCGUCCCAGCAGGAGCCCUACCCCAAGAAGUACAGAGCGGUGAAAACCUGCAGCCCAAUGGGCUACCCCAUGAAAGACUACGUGUGA